UUUUAAGAAUGAAGAUUUAUUGUCACGGUUGAAGAAAUACGAAGCAGAUCUGAUAUCACUGGAACAAGAUAAAAUAGUUAUACAAAGAGAGCAAGAUGAAAUGGCAAAUGAUAAAAUAACCAUACAGAAAGAACAAGACCAAGUUUUACAGGAGAGGGAGGCCAUACAAAAAGAACAAGAUGAAAUCGUAGAGAAUAAGCUAGCCAUACAAAUAGGGCAGGAACAAAUUUCCGAGGAAAAGUUAGCGAUACAAAAGGAGCGAGAUGAGAUGACCAAUGAAAAGUUAGAUAUUCAAAAGGACCGUGAACAAAUGGCAGAGAUAGUGAGUUCUUGUAAGGAAAAUAUGCUGGAGAUUGAAUCGAAGUUAGAAGAGACAACUGUCGAAUUAGAGGCCACCAGAGAAACAGUUCUGACAAUGAAAGAGGAAAUAGAUACAAUAUCUAAAGAGAAGGAAAAAGUUUCCUCCCACAAGGAGGAGCUAUUGGCACAAAACACAACACUGAAGAAUGAGGUGGAUAAAUUGGAAAAAGUUACCGCCCACAAGGAGGAGCUAUUGAAACAGAAUGCAACACUGAAGAAUGAGAUGGAUAAAUUAAGAGAAGAAAUAAAUGAACAUAAUGCUACAAUCAAACAACUUAAGGAAGACAUUGAAUCAAUGGAUAAUAGGUAA